AUGUCGACUUAUGAAAAGAUCGUCAAGGGUGCCACUAAAGUUAAAGUGGCAGCCCCUAAACCAAAAUAUAUUGAACCAAUAUUAAUGGCCACAUCAACCGAACAUUCCUCCGAGAACUUCAAUACAAUUAUGAGAACCUUACAUCAUAGAUUACAAGAUAGUUCUUGGUCAGUGGUUUAUAAGGCAUUGAUUGUACUUCAUAUUAUGAUUAGAGAAGGUGAUAAAGAUGUUACUUUAGAAUAUUUAACGAAAACUCCAAAUAUGUUAAAUUUAUCCCUGACUAGUAUUUCAAGAAAUAGUAAUUUUAAUUCUGAUAUUAGAUUCAUAAUGAAAUAUGCUAAAUAUCUUUAUAAUCGAGUUAAACAAUUCGAUGCUACUGGAAUUGAUUAUGUUAGAGAUCAAAGAUCUACUAAUACAGGUAGUGGUGGUGGAAGAUUAAGAACUUUAUCAGUUGAUAAAGGUUUAUUAAGAGAAGUUGAAAGUGUUCAAAAACAAAUUGAAUCUUUAUUAAAGAAUAAUUUCAUGGAAAGUGAAAUUAAUAAUGAUAUUGUAUUGACUGCAUUUAGAAUGUUAGUUAAUGAUUUAUUAGCAUUAUUUCAAGAAUUAAAUGAAGGUGUUAUUAAUAUCUUGGAACAUUAUUUUGAAAUGUCAAAAGUUGAUGCUACAAGAUCUUUAAAAAUAUAUAAGAAAUUCGUUGAUCAAACUAAAUUUGUCAUUGAUUAUCUUAGAGUAGCUAAACAUCUUGAAUAUGCUACCAAACUUCAUGUUCCAACUAUUAAACAUGCCCCUACCGCAUUGACGAGUUCUUUGGAAGAAUAUUUACAAGAUCCAAACUUUGAAAUCAAUAGAAGACAAUAUUUGGCUGAAAAGCAAAAUAAAUCAAAUGGUGAACCAACUAAGAAACAAUUUUUUGAUACUUCAAGAUCAGAAUCUGCCCAGUCUCAAAAUCAACAGCCGGCAGAAACUACUAAUAAUACUAAUAUGAAUAGACACAAUUCAUUGAUUGUUCAACAAUCUACAUUCAAUCCUUGGGGUGCUGCCACACUUGCUGCAUCUGGCCAACAAGUCCUCCAAACCCAAGACCCUACAAUUCAAGCACAACAACAAGCACAAGCUCAAGCACAAUUGCAACAGCAACAAUUCCAGCUUCAGCAACAGCAGCAACAACAACAACAACAACAGCAAAUGCAAAUGCAUGCAACUGGUCUUAAUCCAUUGCCAAUUAUUGUUCAAGGAGAACCAUUACAAAUGCCACCUCAGACUAAUUUAACAUCUGCAUAUACUGGAGCUGGAUUCGGAGGAUAUGGUCCUCAGCUUCAAGCUCAACAUACCAAUCCAUUUAUGUCGCAGCAGCAACCAAUGCAACAACAACAACAGCCAAUACAACAACAACCUUUCAUUCAACAACAGCAACCUCAACAAUUUUUACCAACUUCACAAGAUCAGAAUAGUUUUGGAUUGCAAAGAUCAAAUACAAAUCCAUUUUCAAAAGUAGUAACAACUACCGCUCCUGGAGUUCAACCAUUACAAACUCAACAAACAAAUCCAUUUGUCAAUACUAGGUUUUCAUCUAAUAGCACAACCACUGCUUUAAGUUUUGGAGCAGAUGCCAAUGGAGGAGGAGAAAAACCAAUUCAAGCAAAUGCUACCGGAAGUAAUCCAUUUAAAGUAUCCGCAAACACUCAAAAUUUAUUCAAUAAUGUCGCCAAUCAACAACAACAACAAGCGCAAGCGCAAGCACAACAAGCAGCGCAAAUAAAGAGACAAGUUACUGCUGGUGGAUUGGAGAUGUUGCCCACGAUUCCAGUAUUCCCGGAAACUCAAAAAGAAGCCCAGAAGCAACAAUAUCUUGCGAAUGCAUUUGCGGGGGUACAACACCAGACGGCGAUGAUGACUGCUCAAGCACAAUUCGCCCAACAAGGACAGCAACAACAACAACAACAGAUGUUUCCUCAACAACAAAUGUUCCCACAACAACAGCAGUUCCCCCAGCAGGUUGUACAAGCAUCCCCACAAUACCAUACUGGAUAUGAUGGUCCAAGUUUGAUCUGA